AUGAAAGCGGUCAUCUGGACCGGCGUCCGCGCCGAACUCGUCACCGAUCGUCCCCAUCCCCGCCUCCGCCCCGACUACCUCCUAGUAUCCUGCGUAUCCAUCGGCCUCAACCCAACCGACGCCAAAUCCAUCGCCACCCGCCGCGCCGCCCUCAACGGUCUUCUUGGUAGCGACUUUGCCGGCGUGGUGUUGGAGGUCGGUGCGGAGGUGACAAAGCCAUUCGCGAAGGGCGAUCGAGUGUGCGGAUUCGCGCACGGGGCCAACUUCAACGAGGCCGAAGAUGGGGCCUGGGCCGAGAUCAUUGCUGUCAAGGGCGAUUGUUGUAUGAAAGUGCCUGAGACGUGGGGCUUCGAUGAGGCUGCGACGAUCGCUGCGAGUGCGAUUACGGCGGGACAGGGCCUUUUUCAGGAGAUGGGAUUGAGACUCCCUGCGGUCGAUGGGGAGGCGGGGGAUCUACCAGCGGGAGCGGGAACGGGAGUCGGGGAGGGCGAGAAAGAGUACAUUCUGAUCUAUGGUGGAAGUACGUCUGCGGGAACUUUGGCUAUUCAAUUCCUCACAUUCGCCGGCUACACCGUCCUCGCAACCUGCUCGCCUCGCAACUUCGACCUCUGCAAAUCCCGCGGCGCCGAAGCCGUCUUCGACUACCGCGACUCAACCUGCGGCCAGAAGAUCCACGCAUACACGUCCGGCCAACUCAAGCUGGUAUGGGACACGAUCGGCUCAGACGACGGCGUGGACAUAUGCAUGGCAUCCCUCUCCCGCGACCCUCACGCUGACAAGAAAUACGGCACGAUUCUCUUCAAUGACAUCCCGCGCACGGAUGUCAAGCACAGUUUCAGCGUGCUCGUGACGUUUGCGGGCGAGGCGUUCGACAAGUUCGGCAAGCAUUUCCCGGCAAGUCGGCGGAAUUUGGAGUUUGCGAAAAUGUUCACGACGCUGGUGGAGGGGUUGAUGGCGAAAGGUCGGUUGAUGCCGCAUCCCGUCAGACUUAUUGGGGCAGGAUUGGUGGGGAUGCUGGAGGAGGGUGUGCCGAUGAUGGAUCAGGGAAAGGUCUCGGGGUUCAAGGUUGUUGCUAGGAUAGCGGACACGCCGUCGUAG